AUGCAAAAUGAACGUAAAUUUGAGAAAAUGAGAAACGAAGCUGAAAUUUACAGAAAAAGGACGGCAAAUAUAAAUAAUAACGGAGCUUCAACAAGUUUUAUUAAAAGAGAAGAGUCUACGGACGCUACAGAAGAAGAAGAGCCAAAAACAUUUAAGAGCAACAUUGGGGAAAUUAAAAAUAAAAAAUGUUUUACAAACCAAGUUGUUGAGCAAAACGAAUUAAUUAAUAAAGUUUUGAAAGAAACAACAAGUUUACAAAGUCAACCAAACAAACUUGUUUGUCAAACAAAACAAAUUAAACAACAAACAACAACAACAACUACCCCAACAUAUCAACAAAAUAAUCUUUUACCAAAAUUAGAAAAUAAUACAAAUUUUUAUUUAAAUCAACAAUGGAAUAAUAAUUAUUUAAUUAAUAAUAAUUAUUUAAACAAUAAUUCCAAUAGUAAUACAGAUUAUUAUGCUCUUAUGCAGAUGGCUGCAUAUAAUUAUUUUCAGCCUCAAACUAGUAAUUUUUGUGCUAGUAAUGAUUUUUGGUCUUCUUCUUCAUCCCCUUCAUCUUCUUCCAACUAUCCUCCUCUUCAAUUAACACAAAUACCAACAUACAGUAAUCACAAUAACACAACUACAAAUCAAAUGUUUAGUCAUUUAGCUUCUUAUUAUCCAAACAAUUAUAACAAUUAUUUUUCUCAACAACAACAAUUUGCUCCAAUUAAACAAGAUUUGGAACAAAAAGAAAGUGGAAUAGACACAACAAGAGAAAAGAGUGAUUUAAAUAGUUGA